UCAAAUAAUUUACGAAAUUGAUAGGUCGACGCUAAAAAUCAUGUAUUUUCUAUAGUUUUAUGCAUAAUAACACAGUGAAAUAUUGUUAGACAUAAAGUGUUAUUAUUUCUCCAUCUGUUCUCAUUCAUUUCUUUUCGCACCGACGAGAUAUGGGUAUUGAAAACAUGCGUCGUUGGCCUAUGUACAUUGUGUUCGCCGUGUGCAUUUUACUAAUACUUUCACUGUUUAAUAGUUGGAGUUUAGAGACAGAAUUGCGAAACAGAGUUGCUGAAAUAAGCACGCAACUUCAGGAAUGCUCAAAACAACAGACCUCAUGCAUGGAGGAAUCGCUCACUCUCCUUGAGCAAAGAGAUGGGUAUGUGUCGAAGGUAAAUGACAUCGAAAAACAAAAAGUUAAAGUUAGCGAAGAACUUUCUUUGUACAAAAAUAAGUUAGCGAAAUCCGAAAUCCAAGCGAACCAUUCUAUAAUUGAUAUGGAGAUGUGCAAGACUGAAUUGCAAUCCUUACAAAGUUUGCAACUAAGUACGACUGCUACUUUGGAUACUUUGCGACUGGAAAAAGACACACUGACUGCUCAAUUGUCUGAGAAGAAGCAAAAAAUUGCAGAUUUAGAAAAGGAAAUACAGAAGUUAAAAUCUUCUCUCACUACUAAGAGUGCCGCAGCAGUGCCUUCGAAGAUCACCCCAGCUGCCGAGCCUCCCAAGCUCAGCCCGGCUCUAAAUGUGCACAAUCCUAUCAACGAACCAGUCCUAGAUAAUGAUGCUAAAGAAGAAUUGGAGGAUGCCAAUGGCCUAAAUGAUGGGAAUGAUUUUGAUGCACAGUUACAGUAAACUAAGUAUUUCUGCCCAUUUAAGAAUAGAAUAUGAAAUCCAUAAUCACAUCAAUUCAUGUUUGAUUCUAGGAGUUUUUUACAAUAUGCAAUGUAUACUAUACGUAGAUUUAUGUUAUUUUUGACUCUGGGACUGACCAUGAAUUACUGUUCAUGUAUUUUUGAUAUUUGACAUAUGAUCACUUGUUUUUAUUUAGAUAAAAAUACACCAUUUGCACAGUCCUACAUUAUCUCACCCUCCGUCCUCCUAAAUGCAUGAUGUAAUUUAUGAAUGAUCCCUGUAUUGAAUUUAUAUUUAUGUGAUAAGAACUAUUAGGUGUUAAUUUUUUUACUGUGUUACAAAAACUGUUUAUGUUCAAUGAAACCUAACACCAUUUUAUUCAUUUGCAUAAUAAUACACUUAGUGUCAUUUUUAUCCUAAAAGCCAGAGGCUGGACUAGUAAAGUAAAACUUUUUAUACUCAUUAAAUAAUCAAAGUAUUCCUUGUAAAUUGAUUUUGUAGCCAUUUGUGAUAUACUAGGCAUGUGUGACAGCCCCUGAUACAAUAAUUAUGGCGAUACCAAUGGUUAAAUGCUUAAACAUUAUACAUAUACAGUUGUUUAAGUUUAUGAGGUGGAACUCUUUGAUAUGAAACAAUAGCUGUUACUAAUCAAUUUGUAAUGUGUUUAUGUUUUGCAUUGUUUGCCUAAUGUGUUAACUAAAAUUGUUUACUUUUACAUUGAUGAAUACAUAGGUAUAUUUAGAUGCAAUAUUCACACCAUAUUUGGGAGCACUCAUUAUUAUAUGUACUAUGAUUUGGAUUAAAUAUUAUACUUAUUUGUAUUUCUAAAUAAUGUAUUUGUCACCACUAAAAGUGUGGUCCAGACACUUGAUUUAUAGAAAAACAAAUGCUUUUUAUCUUCAUGGCUUGGAUAUUAUUAUA